GGUCAUGAACGUAUGACGUCAUUUUUUUCAAAAUUGUUAACACAUCAGCAUUAAAUCGUAGUUUAUGUCAAUAUAAAGUCGAAGAAAAACGUGAACAUGUCGAGUCGAAAAAAUGCGCAAAGUGGAUUUCAGCCUGAUUCCGAUGUUUAUAUUACAUACGAAGAUCAACAGAAAAUUAACAAAUUUGCAAGGCAAAAUGCUAAGAUGGAAGACUUGAAAGAGGAGUUGAAAGUCAAGCAGAAUGAAUUAAAAAAUUUGGAAGAUGCCUGCGAUGAAAUAAUCCUUUUAGACGAUGACGCAAAGAUACCAUAUUACAUAGGUGAAGUUUUCAUUUAUGAAGAUUUGGAAAAGACACAGGGUUACUUAGAUGACAUCAAAGAGAAAAAGAAAAAGGAAAUCUCAACUUUAGAAAGUAAAUGUGGUGAUCUGAAGAACAUCAUAAGUGAUUUAAAAACUCAAUUAUAUGCAAAGUUUGGUACUCGCAUAAAUUUGGAUGUGGAUGAAGAUUGAUCUAGUCAAGUGUGCAUAUAAUCUUUUUAUAAUGUGCUAUAAGGUUUUGUACACAUUUAUUCAUUCAUGAGUUUUCCAAUUCAGAUAAUACAAGCUGCAUUUUGUUAUUCACAAUUUGUACAA